AUGAGUGUUCGUCUGUUUGAACUAGGGGGUGGCCGUCAUCAGCUGGCGAUAGAUAUGUCUGACACACGUCUAAACGUUGAUAAAGCAAACAGUUCCUGGCCAUGUGAUGCUCUGAUGUGUGAGCCGAACUGGGACACUACACUGUGCUGGCCAGCCACAUCCGCUAACAGCACCGUCACAGUCAGAUGCCCAAACUUCUUUUGGUUCAACCCAGACAACAGCUUGACGAGGUAUUGUAGUCCUAACGCAACGUGGGAAACAGGAGGAACGUACCAGGACUGUUUCACAGAGGGCGCCAAGAGCACUAUUAACGGCAAUGAAUCAUUCGGCAAUGUGACCACUGAACAGAUAGAGUUCUACAUAGAAGUUUUGGAGGGAGCAAACUUCAUGCGUUUGAUCGGCGUUUGCCUGUCAUGGGUUGCCCUCGUGGUGGCGCUGUUGAUUUUCUCAUCAUUUAGGAGUUUAAACUGCAACCGCAUCAAGAUUCACAAACAUUUCUUUGCCGCCUUCUUGAUCCGUAUGACCCUUGAAGUCAUCCUGGUUGCCGAUAAGAGACACAGAGACCAGUCUACUAUGUACAACGGAGUCAAUGAUGUCAAAUCCAUACAUUUAACGCCAGUUUUGUGUGAGUUAUUUGAGACGAUCAGAGAGUACGGCAGGUUGUGUGCAUUCUUCUGGAUGUUCAUCGAAGGUCUCUACCUGACGUUUCUUGUCUCAGCAAAUGUCUUCAGCAAGCCAAGAUUUCGGAUCUAUUACUGCAUUGGAUGGCUUAUACCUCUCCCUACAGUCAUGGCGUGGGCUAUCGCCAUGUACCUUACAAGUAAAGAAAGAUGUUGGAAAGACCACGCAGUCUCAAAUUACUACUUGAUCAUCGAGAUACCGCGCAACGGGGCACUCAUUAUCAACGUAUUGUUUCUAGUAAACAUCGUACGGGUCCUGGUGACGAAGCUUCGAGAGAGUAAUUCAAGCGAAACAAAACAGAUCAGAAAAGCCGCAAAGGGUGCCGUGCUGUUGAUACCACUGUUGGGCGUGGCUAAUUUAGUCUGGUUCAUCCCGUCUCCCAACGUGACAGACUCCAGAGCCAGCAUCGUACUCUACAAUUAUCUGUUUCUUUUCCUUGACGCUUAUCAGGGCUUCUUUCUCUGCGUCAUGUACUGCUUCUUGAAUCACGAGGUGCGAAUGACAAUACAUCGGAAAUGGUCUACAUUGCGAUACUACAGAGAUCCCUACCCGUUCCUGCGUCGAACAUCCGUCCUGACCUCAACAUCAGAUAUGAUGAGCACAACAAGAGCUGCCUACAAACCCUCACAGAAAAUGAACGGCACUGCAGGCGGGGAAUACCUGAAGAUGGCUGCGAUCGAUGAAAUGAGCAGUACGCAUGCCUGAUGACCCUUGACCUGAUGAAUUAAGAGGACACGAACCAUGUAGUGAAAUCUUUAGAGCAACAUUAAGCCAAGAUUAUCUGUCUGCUUCUGUGAUCUCCGGAAAAUAUGGAAAGGUCCGUCAAACUUUAAGCGGGAAAAAUCGAGGUAUUUGUUGAUGGACUUGGAGCCAUGUAUAUUAGCCUACGUAUUGAACUCGUCCAGGAAUCCUCCAGUUGAAAGCAUCGAGACUCCAGUGAGAAAAAUAAGCUCUGUUUAAACGGAGAGCCAUUGGCUAAUUGAAAGCAUCGUCUGAAGCUUAUUGGUCAGAUGAAAGUAGCGACUUGUGUUGAAGACAUGAACAUUGAGAACUCUUAUGGGUGGAAAGAGCUGAACACGUAAAAGGCAUUUUGUAAAUAAUAAAAUUAUUCGAUCAUCAUGAGCGCAAGACCAAUUUGCGGGUACAAUCCACAAAUGCGUUCAAAGGUCUGUCCAGUUGUAGUAAGGCCUGCUGACUAUAAGGGUCGAAACGUCGGGCCACUAACUACUUGUUAAACUAUACGUACACUUUUCACAUGCGUUUCUAUGGCGAUAUCAUAUUUACCAAACAAUAAUUUUGCAACACUAAAAUUAUGAACAAUAGUAUGACAAAAAUGAGGCUGACUAGAUAAAGUGAAAGUGAUCCCUUUACGUGGUAAUAAUUAUUCGUUAAAAUUGAUAAACACUCGUUUCCUAGCUUGGGGUGUCUUGAAAACCGAGCAGCGUUAAACUAUAUAGCGCCAUCUCGAGUCGGGUGUAUGAAUGAAAGGGAACUAUAUUUUGAAGUUUGUGUGUUAUGUGAUCGAGGUUUCUGAAUGUGAUGAACGUUUGUUUGAUAUUGGAUAUUGGAUAUUGGGCAUGCACGUAGGAGUGUACAGCGCAUACCAAUAUUUUAUAUUUUACGUAUAAAGUGAAUGUCCAUCGUCCAAUAUCGAUGAACAAUGUAGACAUUCAUUGUACAAACCAACGUCCAAUAUCCAAUAUUGCUGUCCAAUGUAGACAUCCACUGUGUAGACACCUACGGGAAUGUCCAAUAUCCAUUAUCGAUGUAUUCACUGUACAGACCUAGUGAAUGUUCAAUGCCCAAUCCCAAACUCACUUUACUGUCAAUGAAUGUGCGUUUCUUCCACCAAGUUGUGUUUAAUUUUGUAGACAGUUAUAGAAGACUACCUUUUCACAUUGUGGCUAUAAAUUCAACAGGACUGUGCUGUUGAGUGUUUUACUGGACAAGGUGACAAAAAAAUAUCAAGUCAGAAAAAAAAUACAAGUUAUUGGAUGUUUGCAUUUGGGAUUACAACACAUAGUAUGUAUACAUUGAUAUAUUGUGAGAGAUGGUAGACUGUUUGAAUCAGACGGUGGGAUUGUGAUAAGUUAAUAAAUGAAACAUUUAUUAGACUUUUCGGGCAGUCUUGCCUUAUCAGUAGAGACAUUAUAGUAGUAUCGAUGACGUCACAGACUGUAAACAAGCAAUGACGUCAUCUGUGGAUGUUUCUCCAUUCAAACUAUUGCACUCGUAUUCCUCUGUAUUUCUUCUGCACACACUUUCACUCUUAAAACAAUAAUAAUUGGUAAAUGGUACAACUAUUGUUCCUCUAUUGUUCUUUAUAAAUUCCUCUUAACUGUUUGUUUGGAAUUUGUUAUUCAUUUAAUUAAUCUUAUCAAACAACUAUUUAUUUGUUUAUUUCCAACUAAUAUAUUGCCUAUGAUUUGAUACUGAUUGUGAUUUUGAAACUGUGGAAAUAAACUGAUUGAUUGAUUGGGGUAGCAUUGUUAGUAAUUAUUGGGUAGGCCUACCCUUACAUCGCUGGAAGAGCACCCCCAUUGUCAACCUCGAUAACCGGGAACCCCUGAACCCUUGAUUCUUAGAAAUACAAGAAUCCCAGGAAAUUCCUCGAUAAUUUUCACCCCACCGUCACCUCAUGUUUUUUCACGCUCGAUGCUCUUUAUUUUGCCGAUGAGAAGACUAUACAUUUAGAAUGCUAACCCGUGAUUAUUUCGCACAGCCAUGCUCCCAAGCAAUGGUCGGUUUUGGGGGUUUUUUUUCCAGCGAAAUAACUUUUUCACAGGUAGUCGAGUGCAAUUCAAAGUAUGAAUAGGUCAAAAUAAAAGGUCACAUAAAUCUCCCGCGUCAUUCGUCUACGUGUGACUGUUUUGUAGCGUCACCCAAAAUAAUUAUAGCCAUUUAGGCCUACGUCAUCAAUUUGUCAAAACGAUUGGUUCCCGUUUUUAACUGGUUCCUACCGGCCAGCUCACUCACCCCUUGGUAAACAAGCGUCCUCGAACACACAUGGUACCACUAUUUUUUUUUUGUAUGCAUUGUAAAUACUAUCAAUAGACCAAUAAAUAUAUUUGUUAAUUCUACAUGGUCGAAUUUAAAUUUAUUAUGUGUUUUGAAUGAAUGCAUGACUUUUGCAUAAAUGUACAUUUUGAUUAAAAAGAAGAAGUAUUUUUAUUUGAAUUAGUUUAUUUAAAUAUUUAUCAUGCAAAAAGAGAAUUCACUUAUUGUGUUAAGGAAUUAAGAGACAAUAUGUUUGAAAUUAGCACGAAAACUCAUCUAUGUUGUUUUUUAAUACAAUUCAAUGUUUAACUUUUGAUCAAAACUUUGAAAAUAGUUCUGAGUCUACGUCUCAAUGUUGAGAUCACGUGUCCGCAACGUCACCAGGAAGGUCAUGGAUGCUAUAUGGGUCUUCCUGCUGAUGAAGAUCGUAGUUUCAGUCGAAAUGUAUCAGUACGGACAUAUUUGUGAUUAAAAAUGUAAACAUUUAAAUGUAUUUGAUAAUAAUUAUUGUUUUUGACCAAGUGCUUCUUUUAUACACUUUAUGUCACAUGACAAUGUGCAACUGGUGUCCUGCUUAUUUCUGAGCAGAAAGUUGUUAGGCAAUUGUUGUUCCCCCGGGCACAAUUUCAUGCUUACGCAGAUAAUAAUGCUUGAAAGGCCGUGGAAACUUUUGGUAAUUACUCAAAAUAGUUAUUAGCAUAAAACCUUACUUGGUAACGAUUUUUACU